AUGAAGCAUACAGCACCACCAGACAACUUUACACGCAUAAAUACUCUUGAUGACACAAUUGUAGAUGCAAUUCACAAGUUCAGUCCUGAUACAGCCAUAUGGCUUGCAGAUAUGAAUAGGGUUAGAUAUUGUGCCAAUCUUUGGGAAGCCUACCUUCCAAAAAUCAAAGCUCACUAUGCAAUGAAAUGCUGCGAUGAACCAAAUCUACUUAAAUUCCUUGCUGAUCAUGGAUUUGGCUUUGAUUGUGCUUCUAAAAAAGAAAUUGAAGUAAUCACACAAGAUUUAGGAGUUGAUGCUAACAGAAUUGUAUUUUCCCAUCCUCUUAAAAACAAAGAAGCCAUACUUUAUGCCAAGGAAGUUGGUGUCGAAAGAAUGGUCUUUGAUACAGAAGAAGAACUUCGUAAAAUCUUAAGAUUCUAUCCUGAAGCUGAAGUUUAUCUUCGCGUCAAGCCAAAAUUCUCUAACGCUAAAAUUCCAUUGUCUAAGAAGUAUGGAGCACCACCAGAAGAUGUUCCUAACCUUCUUCAGCUUGCUUCUGAGCUUGGAGCCAAUUUCAUCGGAUUUUCAUUCCAUGUCGGAAGUCAAUGUGACGAUAUCAACACAUUCAGGCAAGUUUUCCAAUAUGUUGCAGAGCUUAAAGUUAAGGCGGAAGAAUUAGGCUUAAAUGUGUGCUUUAUCGAUAUUGGUGGCGGAUUUUAUCCCCCUCAUGCGCCUGCAAAUAAUUCUUUCAAAGAAAUCACAGAAACAAUUAACAACGCAAUUGAUGAAUUCUUUGGAGAAAACGAAAUUGAAUUCGUUGGAGAACCUGGCAGAUUCUUUGCAUCUGAAUACAUGGAUCUCAUUUUGCCUGUUACAUGCGCAAAGAUACAUGAAGAUGACCAUGGAGAAAGAACACAAAGCAUUUAUAUCCCCGACGGAAUCUAUGGUGCCUUCAAUUCAAUUAUUUACGACCAUAAUAAUCCUCAUUUUGAAAUUCAUACAGAAGGAGAUAGUGAAAAACUACCAACAACUAUUUGGGGACAGACAUGUGACUCUGCAGAUAUUGUCUACGAAGACAUGAUGUGGCCAGAGCUUGAAGUCGGAGAUUUGCUUAUUGUUCGAAGAUUCUCUGCAUAUACCUACUCUCCAACUGCAUUUUUCAAUGGUUUUCACCAUCAUCCUGUUGUCGUUCUCAAUAAGGAUGAGGAUGAUAUUUAA